GCAGCUGCAUUCAAUAUUAAAGGUUUUCUGUGAUGUCUGGGCCAUCAAAGGAUUUGGCCACUCCAAGUGAAGCCUCUUCAUCACAGGAAGGCCAGCAAAACAGGAGACUGAAAGUCACUUUGCUGAGUAGUGAGUGGAGAUCAUCAACUGAUAGAGAAGUCUCAACUAUCAGUAGAAAGCUUGCUAUACAGUUAGCUAAGCAUCCUAAUGUGGAAGUUAGUGUGUUUCUUCCUAAGUGCAGUGAAGAGGACAAGAGAAAUGCUGUGAGUCACAAAAUUCAGCUCAUUGAAGCAGAUGAAUUGCCAGGCCAUGAACCAAUUUUUUGGUUGUCGUCUUUACCCAGAAACCAUGAUGUAGACUGUGUCAUAGGACAUGGAGUACACCUUGGCAAACAAAUUCCAUCCAUAAAGAGGACUACAGACUGUAGAUGGAUUCAAGUUGUUCACAGUGUUCAUGAAGAAGUGGGAAUGUACAAGAACAUUUCAGAAGGAGAAAAACUUCAGCAAACAGAAGUAAAACUCUGUAAGAUGGCUGAUGAGGUUGUAGCAAUAGGACCUAAAGUGGCAGAGGCCUACAAACGCUUCCUUUGUUCUGCUAAAGAAGAGAAAACCAUUUUAGAUCUCACCCCAGGUGUUUUCUCUGAAUUUUUGAAUGUAGCACAAGCCACUGACGAAAGGAAAACAUUCUGUGUUUUAGUGAUUGGAAGUGGUGACAGCUGUGAAGAUUUCAAUGUUAAGGGGUUCAACAUGGCUGCCAAAGCAAUUGCUGAAUUAAAAGAUGCAUCCUACCGACUGAAGUUUCUUUAUUCACCAAGAGAAAAAGGCGAGGAAAUAGCAGAGAAGCUGCUUCAGCAUGGCAUCAGUUGUAAUCAGCUAAUUGUUCGCAGCUUUAAUGACAACAAAGAAGUACUAGCCAACAUGUUCUGUGAGGUGGAUCUUGCCAUAAUGCCAUCUAGGACUGAAGGUUUUGGAUUGCCUGGUCUUGAAGCGUUAUCUGCUGGUCUGCCUGUACUUGUCAGUGGUAAUUCAGGACUCGGAGAAGCUCUGAAGGAAGUGCCUUUAGGUCCGCAGUGUGUGGUAGACUCAGAAGAUCCUAAAGACUGGGCCAAGGAGAUCAGAGAUGUUCGUCAGAAACGUAGGAAAGUUCGCCUUUCAGAAGCAAAGCUUCUUCGUGAACAUUAUGCAAAAGCUUAUGAGUGGGAGAAGCCUUGUACUGUCCUUGUGAAAAAGAUGGAGACACUUGCCUUUGGUUCAUCAGGAAGCAGGUUAGUCAAGCCAGUCAGGGAUAAGGGGCUAACAUCUGUUGCUGAUACAAGUCAGGCUUGUAAGAGACCAAGAAAAGAAUUGACAGAUGGCACGUACCACAAAGGUUCAUCAGGAAGCAGGUUAGUCAAGCCAGUCAGGGAUAAGGGGCUAACAUCUGUUGCUGAUACACGUCAGGCUUGUAAGAGACCAGGAAAAGAUUUGACAGAUGGCACGUACCACAAAGGUUCAUCAGGAAGCAGGUUAGCCAAGCCAGUCAGGGAUAAGGGGCUAACAUCUGUUGCUGAUACAAGUCAGGCUUGUAAGAGACCAAGAAAAGAAUUGACAGAUGGCACGUACCACAAAGGUAGGGAAAUCCCACCAUUUCAAGAAAGUGGUCAGACUCAAGGUGAUUCCACAGCUAAUGGUAAUUGCUACAUGUAG